UGUUCCCCGCUUCCUAUAACCAGCUUCUCCUGGAGGUUUGGGGCCAGCUCCAUCUCUGGAAGGAUGCUGGUGGCUUCAGGAUCACACCUCAUGGCUCCUGGUCCCAGUCAGAGCCACCACGAGUGACCGUUGCUGGACAGACUUCCGAAGAGCCCUGACCCAGAGUCAGCAAGGGGGGUGGCCUCUGCCAUGCUCCAGACUUCUUGGCUGAUGAAGCAGGUGCUGCUGUGGGGGAAAUAUCCCCUCUGCAUCGGCUCCUUGGCCCUGGGCCAGCUUCUGUGAGGUGGGUACUCCACUGGUCCCCUCAAGUGGGCUCCAUGGCAUUUUCUGAGCUCCUAGACCAAGUGGGUGGCCUAGGCAGGUUCCAGGUUCUCCAGAUGGUGGCUCUGGUGGUCCCCAUCGUGUGGCUGACCACUCAGAGCAUGCUGGAGAACUUCUCGGCCGCCAUGCCCAACCACCGCUGCUGGGUGCCCCUCCUGGACAACAGCACUGCCCAGGCCAAUGUCCCUGGGGCCCUGGGCCCCAAGGACCUCCUGACCAUUUCUAUCCCACCGGGCCCCAACCAUGAACCCCACCAGUGUCGCCGCUUCCGCCAACCACAGUGGCAGCUCCUGGACCCCAACGCCACGGCCACCAACUGGAGCGAGGCUGCCACGGAGCCGUGCGUGGACGGCUGGGUCUAUGACCAAAGCACCUUCACCUCCACCAUCGUGGCCAAGUGGGACCUGGUGUGUGACUCCUACGCCCUGAAGCCCAUGGCCCAGUCCAUCUACCUGUCAGGAAUCCUGGUGGGAGCUGCCGUGUGUGGCCACACCUCCGACAGGUUCGGGCGCAGGCUGGUGCUGACCUGGAACUACCUCCAGAUGGCUGUGUCGGGCACGGCCGCCGCCUUCGCACCCACCUUCCCCGUGUACUGCCUGCUCCGCUUCCUGGCGGCCUUCGGCGUGGCAGGCGUCAUGAUGAACACCAGCACGCUCUUGAUGGAGUGGACGUCGGCGCACGCCCGAGCCUUGAUGAUGACCUUGAACGCCCUGGGCUUCAGCUUCGGCCAGGUCCUGAUGGGCGCCGUGGCCUACGGCGUGCGGGACUGGGCCCUGCUGCAGCUGGCGGUCUCCGUCCCCUUCUUCCUCUGCUUCCUGUACUCCUGGUGGCUGGCAGAGUCUGCCCGAUGGCUUCUCAUCACAGGCAGACUAGAGCGGGGCCUGCGGGAGCUGCGGAGGGUGGCCGCCAUCAACGGGAAGAGGGAGGUGGAGGAUGCGCUGACCACCGAGGUCUUGCUGUCAGCCAUGCAGGAGGAGCUGAGUGCGGGCCAGGCCCCCCCCAGCCUGGGAGCCCUGUUCUGCAUGCCUGGACUGCGCCUGCGGACCUGCGCCUCCACUCUGUGCUGGUUCGCCUUUGGCUUCACCUUCUACGGCCUGGCCCUGGAUCUGCAGGCUCUGGGUAGCAACAUCUUCCUGCUCCAGGUCCUCAUCGGGGUCGUGGACAUCCCGGCCAAGAUAGUCACCCUGCUGCUGCUGAACCGUCUGGGCCGCCGGCCCACCCAGGCCGGGUCCCUGGUGCUGUCAGGACUCUGCAUCUUGGCCAACACGCUCGUGCCCCUCAAGAUGGGGACCCUGCGUUCAGCCCUGGCCGUGCUGGGGCUUGGGAGCGUGGGGGCUGCUUUCACUUGCGUCAGCAUCUACACCGGGGAGCUCUUCCCCACCGUCCUCAGGAUGACUGCUGUGGGUCUGGGCCAGAUGGCAGCCCGUGGGGGAGCGAUCCUGGGGCCUUUGGUCCGGCUGCUGGCCAUCCACGGGCGCUCACUGCCCCUGCUGGUAUACGGCGGGGUGCCAGUGCUCGGCGGCCUGGCUGCUCUCCUGCUCCCGGAGACCCACAGCCUGCCACUGCCCGACACCAUUCAAGAUGUGCAGAACCAGGCGGUAAAGAAGGCGAUGCACAGCGCUCCAGAACCCACUGUCCUGAAAUCCACACACUUUUAAGCCUCCCGGGAAUUCUGCAAAGUGACACGGGAAGGGGCACUUCUGUCCUUUGGAGAAGGCAGGACGGCAAAAGUCCCCCAUCUCUAGAAGAGGACCUAGGGGCGGCCCCUCUCUACCUGAGGAGCCACCUUCAACAGAGAAAGCCCAAGAGGAUGGCUUCUGGCUGCCGGCUGCCCUAUGCACCCUCACAGGACUCUCCCUUGUGACUGCGAGAAGGAGCAGGGACCCUGGGAAGCUGUCACCCCCCGCUCCCCUCUCCACUGCUCACAGCCCCCAGCUGCCCAUGGCCCCCCCUCCAAGCUCGGAGGGCACCAUCACCCAAGGUCAAAACUUCCCCAGCUCCUCACACUGGUCCCAGAGCCCCGCACAAGUCUCAGAUCCUCAGCGGUUUCCAAAAGACAGUUCUGGCCUCCAGUCCCCCCUCUCCACACUGCAGUCACAGAGCCAAUCCUCCCCACCCCUUCUCUACCUGACCGAGUCCCUCCCAGACCCAUGGCAAUGGCCUCCAUCUGGGG